GCUACAACAGCGUCGCACUUCAAUCCUCUUGCGGCGUUGUCCACAGGACGAACGUGUCUGGCUAAAGUUUUAUAGCGCCGCGCGUACCGGCUCCAGACGUCUUGGCAACGAUUCAUGAUCUGCAAGGCUGCCAAACUCGUCAAGGGUGUGGGAAGGGGGGCGAAUCCAAAUCAACGCGUGUUGCUCUCAACACCUUGCUCGCGCGUUGCAGGAUCGCAUCAAGACGGGCAGAAGCGCAUCUCCCGUCGAGGCUUCAUCUGGCUCUCGAGCACCGCUCACCAGGUAGCUGGGGCAACCCUACUCUGCAUUCCUGGACCAACAACAGCCUCGAUUUCAACACCCUGACUCAGCAUCGACGAAAGACAUCGUGUAAAACACCACGCAAUCACCACACGCUCUGUACGCCCCAGAUCACCUGCGGUGGCACGCGCCCAUUUUCGACAACGCAAAGAAUCAUUGCGAUUGAGUUUGCCAUGAGGUCGGAUGAAGUAGCGUGGCAUAGAUGAAUCGGCUCUAGAUUGCGCAAAGCGUCCGAGAACGUCUGUUGCGUCAAGUCUGAAGUUUGCAUUU